AGUUGUUGACAUCAAAGCAGUUAGCACACUGAAUAAAUUUGAAUAUAUACUCAAAGCGAAAAGAAAGGAAGGAAAAUUAUGUAUUCGAGGAGACAGAAUAAAUCAGUAGGUAGCAAAUCUGCUAUAGAUGCUGGAAAAGAUGUCGAAACCUUACGAUCUGAAAUAGAAAAUGAGCAAAGAAUGACAGAAAUGUUGGAUCUGUCGAUUGAAGAAUUGCAGAGAACAGUCGAUGCCUUGGAGCAACAAGUGGAUCACACAGAUAUUGCUGAUGAAGAUGAAUGGAAAGUACGUUAUUAUACUCAGGUGGAAGUAAAUGAGCAACUUGAACGUCAACGUGACUGGUUGAUGGAAAGAGUUGAGGCAGCCCGGAACCAAAGCCAAGAGGGUGUUUCUGCCCUGCUCGCUGAACUUGAUCUUGACAGUCUGACAGAGAGCCAAUUGUUACGUUAUCUCAAACAACUUGAAAAGGACAGGAACUCAUUGUACAAUGAAUUGCGAGACAAAGAAUGGAAAUUGGAUCAAGAAUCAAAGACAUUUCACAAAUAUAAUGACACACGAAAGGCUUAUAUGACGGAAAUAACUGAAGCGAUGCUGAAUUUGGAAGCUAUGAAAAGUCGUUUGAGAGUGUUUGAAGGAAGUGAGAAUGGAUCAAUUGCAAAAUGUCCUCGACACCUUAAAUACUUGAAUAUUUUACCUGAUCAGCGAGUAAUAGAUCCCAGAAAAGGACCAAUUAAAAAAACUGCUGCUGUACGAAGUCUUCCUAAACUUAAUACAGCGGACAAGGAUUUUAAUGAUGAUGAUGAUUUGAUCGAUAAGCAAAGUAAAAAAUCUGCUGAAUUUUAACCCUCGUUUUUUCAUAAACAUAACAAUUUUAACUGUCAUUUGUAGCUCAGAACCUUUGAAAUGGAAACUUUAUUACUUUGUGAAUUUCGGUUUCAAUUGUGUAAUCAUGUUUAACAUUAAAACAAUAAAUGUACAUCCCUUGA